AUGCUGUCCUACCCACAGUCACGCUUGGGAAUGCCACAAUGCAAUAAUUAUAUAUCCGACUCAGAAAAGCUGUGGUCAACUUUUGUCAAAAUGCUAAUCAUAAUCGCGGCAUUGAUAGCGCAAAAUAUAUCUCCAACUCAAGGAGAAGAAUGCUAUAACAAAACCAUUGAAGACAGUGUGACAGAGUUUCAUAAUGAGUUGAGAAGGGACUUUGCUACCAAAAAUAUAGACUCGAAAUAUGGAGACAUACCAGGCUCAAAAAGUUUGUUCAAACUGAAGUAUGACUGCGGUUUGGCUGCUCUUGCCGGAGCUCUCAUACCCAAAGACUGCAGUAAACAAGCUCGUGACCUCUCUCCAAUGGGAGUGAGCAGUAAUUUCAGAAAGUUCCGCACUGUCAGAGAAAUUGUAGGGGAUGAUAUUAUCGAAUAUUAUAACGUGACCGUCGAAGAAUGGGCUACGAAGAAUAUCGUUCCACUCGAAUCUGAUGUGAUCUACAAGGAUAAAAGCAUGGAAGCUUUUGCUAAUAUGAUAUAUUACAAGUCUAUAGCCUUUGGAUGCACGCACAAGAAUUGCAAAAAUGAUGAUGAUAAUGCUACUUCCUUUGCGAUUGCAUGUGUGUACGGAUUAGCCCCAAAAAUUGGUGAGCCGCUCUAUAUACCAAAUCCGAAACCGAAAAAUAAGAAAGGAUGCACGGCACAUAAGACUUGCAAAGAAGUUGUAUCCGAUGGUAAAUGCAUGACAAAUGAAGAAAAUACCUUAGGACCUCUUUGUGAAUCUAAUAUGACCGAAGUAGACGUUGAAACAACAUCGUCUACAGCCUCGACGCAAUCUACGAGCACUACUCUGACUCCGACUACCACUACCACUACGACAACAAUCACUUCAGCUACAGAAACUACGACAACAACCACUUCAACUACACCAACUACGACAACAACGACUUCAACUACACCAACUACGACAACAACGACUUCAACUACACCAACUACGACAACAACCACUCCAACCACUGGGAUGACUCAGGAAAUGCGAGACAAAAUUAUUCAGAUGAUAAACUAUCGCAGGUCGCAACUGGCAAAGGGGCUCGUUAGAAAUGGAAUCGCAGGAAAUCCAAAUUGCGCCCAAGCUACAAAUAUGUACCAGAUGAGAUACGAUAUGACAUUAGAAGCAGAAGCGCAAGCGGUUGCUGACACUUGCCAGGACAUCGCAUCCGGGGUGGCAACAACUUCUGGUCAAAAUGCUUACGUUAUGUCAACCGUAACAUUACCGCUAUAUGAUGUGCUUGUGGAGACGCAAAAAGUGUGGUGGUCACAAAUAACCAAAAAUGGCAUAAAUGCUCAAAUGCACUAUACACAGUUUCUGGAAACAAAACCGCUGUCUCCUAGCGCAUUCACUCAGAUGGCCUGGGCUAGAUCCUACAAAGUCGGUUGCGGUAUAAAACGCUGCAGUUUCGGCACUAGUGUCGUCUGCCGUUAUGGCCCACGCGGCAACAUCAUCGGCGAGUACAUCUACAACACUGGCAGUACCUGCGCUUCCUGCAGCUAUUCAUGCUCAGAUGGGCUUUGUCCAGCACCAGCGAAUUAACAAAUUUUGACGACUGCAAUAAUCUUCUAUUGAAAUAAAGUUUCAAAAGCAACUGGA